GGCCGUGUAAACCGCUGAUAAUAAAUAACGUUUAUUUAUUGUAGCUUUCGAGUGGUUACUGUAGAUAUCAGCGGGCUAAUCAGCGUAAAGAUUAUUGCAGUUAGUUACUGUGCGACUUCCAUAAGCAUAACGUGGAAAAAAUGGCCAGCUUUAAAAUGGGAUCCUGUCACGCCGUGCCGAUGACUUUGUUUAAAAACAAUAGAGACAAAGUUUCAAAGGCAGUUUUAAGUAAUUUGUUGGAGGGGCUUAAGUUUAGCGCGGGACAGCUGCUCAUUCUGCUAGAGGGAGGUAAAGACAAGAGUUGGUACAAUACUGAUGUGGAUCAUGUGUUCCGUCAGGAGUCCUACUUUCAAUACAUGUUUGGCGCCAAGGAACCAGGCUGCUAUGGUAUUCUCAGCAUUGACGUUAAGACAUCUGCCACAACAUCUGUAUUAUUUGUGCCUCGCUUGCCCGAGGAGUACGAGACGUGGAUGGGGGCGUUGUUAAAGCCGGAGGCCUUCAAGGCAAUGUACGAAGUGGACGAGGUAUACUAUGUUGAUGAAAUAGAAGCUUAUCUCGAGAGAACCACACCCAAGCUCAUAUUGACGCUCAGUGGAACGAAUAGCGAUAGCGGUCUCACUAUGCAACCGCCCGAGUUUGCGGGUAAAGAGAAAUAUGUGACAAACUGUGACUUACUUUAUCCCAUACUGUCGGAAUGUCGCGUUAUCAAGUCAGCUGAGGAAAUUGAGGUCUUGCGGUAUGUGGCCAAAGUAUCAUCAGAUGCGCAUAUUAAAGUCAUGCAGUUCAUUCGCCCCGGCCGCAUGGAGUUCGAGGGUGAAGCGGUCUUCUUGCACCAUUCCUAUGCUGUGGGCGGAUGCCGACAUGCUUCCUAUACCUGCAUCUGCGGCAGUGGCACCAACUCGGCCAUUUUGCAUUAUGGUCAUGCUGGCGCACCCAAUGACCGUCCUAUCCAGGAUGGCGAGAUGUGCCUCUUUGAUAUGGGCGCCAAUUAUUGUGGCUAUGCCGCUGACAUUACCUGCUCUUUUCCGGCAAAUGGCAAGUUUACAGAGGAUCAGAAAUUUAUUUACAACGCUGUGUUGGAGGCACGCAAUGCUGUGAUGAAAACUGCACGUGACGGCGUCUCCUGGGUGGACAUGCAUAAGCUGGCUGGCAAGGUGCUCCUUGAGCGUCUCAAGGCUGGUGGCCUAUUGACUGGUGAUGUUGAUGAAAUGCUGGAAGCUGGCCUUUCUGGCAUCUUUCAGCCGCACGGCUUGGGUCACUUGCUGGGCCUGGACGUGCACGACGUGGGCGGCUAUCUCUCCACUGAGCCACCUCGUCCCAGUGAGCCAUGGCUCAGCAAACUGCGCUUUGCUCGCACUCUCAAGGCGGGCAUGUAUGUGACCAUCGAGCCAGGCUGUUAUUUCAUUGGCAGACUCAUGGAUAACGCGCUCGCCAAUCCGGACAUUCGUAAAUACAUUAAUGUGGAAAUGUUUGAGAGAUUCCGUAACUUUGGUGGCGUACGCAUUGAGGAUGACGUGCUCAUUACCAAGACAGGGGCCGAGAACUUUGCAAUUGUGCCACGCACAGUGGAAGAAAUCGAGGCAACAAUGGCAGCUAAAUAAGCCAAACUAAUUACAACAAAUGUAAAACAUUAACCAUUACCAUUUACACAAAAGAGUAAUGACUAAAAAUUUUAUAAUUUUUAGAAAACACAAAAACUAAAGCACAUAAUGAACAACUUUUUUUUGUGAUCGUUAUGGAAAUAUUUUAGUUAUUACUCGUUUGUGUAAAGGUUGCGAUAUAUUUAGCUAUCAAUGUAUAUGGAAUAUAAUUUCAUACACUGAUAGCCUAAGCAAAUUAUAAAUAUAUAUUCAUAAUGCAAUUAUGUCAGUUUAAAUACAAUGCGAAUAUGAACUAUAAAACA